UCGAUAUUCGAUGAGAAUGUUGUGUUAAUGUGAUUGCCGAAAGCCGGCGUGGGUUGUAAGGACCUUUUUUUGUAAGCAUUGUUGAGGAUGACUACGUUGUUGAGAUCUGCACGCUUUGCUCGGUGUUUUACCAGUGCCGUGCGAGGCUUGCCUCUGAAACACGUUAGAAAAGAUGGCACACAAAGUUCCAGCACCGUGAACUACUACAUCAACAGCCAGUUCGCAAGAGGCUUAGCAACACAAGUUGGUCAGACACGUGAGAAUCAAGAGGUGAACUUGGACCGUAGUUUACGAAGACUUGAUCAGGAUGUCCGCAGGACUGGAAGAAUUACAAGGAAAGAGCUGGAGGACGUUCUGGGAGACCUACGACAUGCUCGUUGCGCCACAAGCACUCAGUCUCUUCUGAUUAUACGAUGCUGUGGAAACCUUGUACCUGAAGAAUCUCCUGAGGUGAGGACAAAAAUUGUGAAUGAAGUAUGGAAAACAUUAGAAAACCUAGGGGUACCCUUGGACAUCAGCCAUUACAAUGCAUUGCUUCGUGUUUAUUUGGAGAAUGAACAUGAAUUUUCCCCUACUGAAUUUCUGGCUGAUCUUGAGCAGAAGGGUGUUGAGCCAAACCGUGUUACUUAUCAGAGACUUAUAGCUCGAUAUUGCCAACGGGGAGACAUUGAAGGUGCCACAAGAAUUUUAGAAUACAUGAGGGAAAAACAGCUUCCAGUCAAUGAAAAUGUAUUUAAUGCUCUUAUCAUGGGACAUUCCAGGGCUGACGACAUGGAGAGUGCUGUUGGUAUCUUGGGUGUAAUGCGACAGGCUGGACUUGAACCUAGCUCAGACACAUACACUACAUUGUUGUGUGGAUAUGCUAAACGUGGAGACAUUGACUCCAUAAGAAAAGUCUUUGCAGAAAGUCAAGAAAAUAAUGUGUUUCUUUUAGAUAAAGAUUUUAUGGAAAUAAUUUACGAACUUGCUGUCAAUGGGCAUGACAAAUUUAUUGAUGAAAUCAUUGACAAGAUGCAGCAGUUGGCAGGCUAUAACCAAGAUGCUAUUAAUUUAAUUCUACGGCUAGUUAAUCAUGGCAAGGAAGAAAUAGCCAUGAAGAUAUUGAAGACAAUGCCUCCACCAGUGGUUCCUGAAGGGCACUCAUUUUCGGCUGGAAAUUUUUUCAUAAAGCAGCUAAUUCAUGUAAACCGGCCAGUGGAGAAAAUUGUGUCUAUAUGCAGAGAAAUGGAGGAGAGUGGCUUAAACAGCAAGGCACUGGUUCUGGCAGCAGAGAUGAGUAUACAGUCUUCCAAUGUGGAACAGGCCUGCUGUCUGCUCUCUCUUCUCAGGCAGGAUGGGUUUCCCAUCAGACCUCAUUAUUUCUGGCCACUUUUGACUUCUUGUGGCAGAAAAGGGGAUACAGAAGGCAUCCAAGAUAUUCUGAGACGCAUGAAUGUGCAGUUUGGCUUGACUGUUGGCGGUGAAACACUUCGAGACUAUGUAAUUCCAUACCUGAAAGAUCAGAAGCCAGAGCAAAUAGUGAGUCAAUUAAGUGCAGCUGGUGUAACAGCAGCAGCUGCAGCAUGUUCUGUUGUUUGCAGCCUACUGCAGGCAAAUAAGCUGUCAGAUGCAGCAGAUCUAGCCUCAAAGUAUCGUGCAUAUUAUAUACCUUCAUUGCUUCGACGUCCUUUGGUGCAGGCACUCCAUACUACAAAUGACUUGGAUUCAUACAUCAGAGUGGUACGCUUUAUUCAUGAUGGCAUGGACAGAGCUGUAGAUGCGAGACCUACAUUGGACGAAGACAAUAUAUCUACCAGUGGCGUUGAUAAAGCAGAAAUUUUGGGGCAGAUGGUGCUUGAUAUUGUCAUGGUAUAUCGCACUAACAGGUCUGCUAUCAUCAGGGAUGUUUUACAGGGCUUGGUGGACCAGGGCCUGAGUAUAAGCAACAGUGCUGCUGAACGCUUGCAAGAGAAACUUAGUGGCGAGGAGUUGACAAAUGAUAUAUCUACUCUCUUGUCUAAACUUACUACUGGUGAGCUGACACCCGCACCUGUACAGCGACAGACUGGACGUGCUGCUGUAAUACAGGAUGAACAACAACUGAAAGAACAGAUUAAAACUCUGGAAGCCAAAGAACAAUCUUCGAACGGUGUCAAGAGGCAGUUACUGUCCCUCUAUUGCCGAAAUAAGGAACUUGAUAAAGCUGAACAGCUGAAACAGGAACUUGAAGCACAGGGAUUUGUGUUGACAGCGGGUGUGCAGUCUCAAUUGAUUGAUAUGUACUGCCACCAUGAUAAACUGGAUGAAGCAUUAGAAUGCCUUAAGAGGCUACAGGAAAAAGAACCUGAUUUCGCUAUAGGUGAUCUUCGAAUUCUCAAACUUGCAGGUCUCUUGAUAAAGAACAACAGAUUACAAGAUGCCCUAAGAUAUCUUAAAGAAUUACCACGUGAAAGUAAAGCACCGGAGAAGACAUUUGUGUAUAAUGCAACAGCAUGGAGAAUGCUUAAUACUCUUGCCGAAGAAGGUCGUACAGAUGAUGUGAAACUACUGCUAGAAACUUUGGCAGAAAACAAAUUCAUUGAACUUAACAAUAUCAUGCUGGGACCUCUUGUAAAGUCCUGCAUAGUAAGAGAAGACGUUCCACAAGCAAUGCAGGCUUUUGAAUGGUGUGUUGAACACCAUUCAUGUACUCCAUGGAAAAAUGAGCUGGCUCGCCGUCUUAUACAAUCUGAGAAUCCGGAUAUGCUUCAGCACUUGACUGAUCUAAGCACUAAAGUUCACGGUGAAAUUAAUAGUUUGUAUGACCUGGUGUUUGCAUUUGUGGAGUGUGGUCGUGUCCGUGCUGCACGAAAAAUACUUGAGACCCCAGGCCUACGCUAUCGAACUGAGAGACUGUCCAAUGCAUGUGAGCGCUACAGACAAGAUGGUCAAGUUAGUACACUUGAAGGAUUGAUAGAAGCUACUAGAGACCUUUCAUACAUUGAUCGGUCAGCAAUCUUUUAUCAAUUAUUACUUUCAUAUUGUAAUAAUGAAGAUGUGGACAAAGCUCUUGGACUUUGGACAAGGAUGCAAGAAGAGGAUGUGCAGCCAACUGAUAAAUUCCUGUUCACACUGGGUACAUUCCUAGAACAGAAAGGAAGAACUGCCCCUUUUGUAAUUCCACAGAUUUCUCAGGAAACAAAAACAAAGACACGUGAAGUGCAAUAUGUAGAUAAGGUCCCAGCAACUGAGCAAAUCUUGCUAAAGGAAUUUCGAAAAGCCCUAAAUAAUGAUGAUUUAGACAAAGCCCUAGAAAUAAAAAGAAGGGCAGAAAAUGAAGCUGGUCCAAAAAUAACCACAAUGAAUAUAUCCAAGUUAAUAGAAAAACUUGUGAAGGCAGGGAGACAAAGUGAAGCAAGUAAAAUGGUAUUUGAUUUGCUAGAAGCUGGAACUCAUCCUGUACCACAUAUUUUCAGAUUUUUUCUGAACAAGUUGGCAGAAGCUGGUGACACAGAAACCAUCAGCAGGAUUGGUUCCUUCUUGACUCCAGAACUGAAAAGAAUAGUGUCAUUUGAUAAUAAGCUGUGUACAGCAUAUUCUACUGCUGGAAAAGCAAAAGAAUAUCUUGAAAACCUGGAGAAAGAAAUAAAUAGUGCAAAGGUUGAUGAUGUAUCAAAGCUGUCCGUGUCAUUUCCAAGGGGUGGAGCCUUUGCUAUUUUGGAAAAGGAGCCAGAAAUUUUACCACUAUAUGAGAGAGUUGCCCAAAAGUAUGCAAAGCAUGGAAUUCUCUCUCCUGUAAAUGUAUUAUGGGUACACCUGUUGCUUAAGAAUGAAGAUGAAGCAGCAAGAAAAUUAUGGGAUGAUUUUCUCAGUAAACAUCCCCAAAUAAUGUAUCAGAAAGUAAUAGAGGUGGCAAGGAAAGAAGAUAACCUCAGCAUUGUGCAGAAGCUGCUGGAUUAUUUGAAAACUGCACCAGUAACAGAGCAAAGUUUGGGAGUUGUGUACAGCUGUAUUUUAGAUAUCCAUGCGAAACAUGGAGAAAUUGAGGAAGCAUUGAAUGUCCUGAAUACUGCAGUGAAAGACAUCUGCCUAGAGAACUUCAACCGGACAUCACUUUUGAGGCUCAAAGAUCAGGUGGAAAGUCAGGGCAAAGUUUUCCCACACAAAAUACCAGAAAAGAGAUCAAAAUCAAGUAGUUCCAGUUCGAGUUCAAGUGAUGAUGAGAAGCAAGAACCAGCACAGCGAUGAAAAUGGAAUAAUAUUUAUUUUUGCAUUUAGUUCAAUGUAUUCCCAUGCUGUUGCUAGUCACUAUCUUAAAAGUGUAUUAAAAUAUAUUUAACUGUUAAAUACAGAUAUUCGUAGAAUUAUU